AUGACAGGAGACGAUACGAUCGUUGGAGCUUCUCCAAACGAAGCUAGGGUUUUUAAUGAAAGGGGUCGGACGGAGCUAGGGUUUGCAAACCCUAAACUGGUGAAAGUGAGAGCAAGGCAGCAGCGACGUAGUAGUUGUCGACGGUGGCUUCCUACGCUCGAGGUGGAGAUCUGAUUUUAUAGGUGGAGGGACAUGGGAUAUAGAAAGAGUAGAGAAGAUGGAGAGAGGAGAGAAAAGGGAAAAUUCAAACUUUUUUGGGGAAGGAGUUGUGCGUACUUGCUCGUGAAGUGGCUAGGGUUGAGGCAAUUUGAGUAUUUCACUGGAGAAGAAGAAUCGGCGACCACCACCACAUCCUCUCCACCUCCUGACCUGCUUCGAUCGGAGCAACAGCCCCACCCCGUUGCUUCUCCUUUUGUUCUUCGGUCUAAUCACUCAUCGGAGAUCGAUAAAGAAGAUCUUGCUCUUAUGGCAAUUGUCAACGGUGACAAAAUCAAAAUCAAAGACGGCGUAGCGGCAGUCGUCGCCAGGAAGGGAAGCUUCAAGAUCGGAAUAGCCUUCUCCAGCGCCACCAAUGCUAAGAAAACGAGAGGGAGGAUAGAUCGAUGUAUACGUGAUCGGCUAGGGUUUUUUUCAACAGAUUUUGACUACAUUCCAUAUUUAAAGGAAUAA